CAUAUCAAUGCUACAGGUACACGUUUUGAUGACGAGUUCUGCGGAGAUCGGGAAUUUUUUUUCACUAUUUGUUAUUUAAUCGAACUUUCUUCUAUUCUCUGUAUAUAUUACAGUCAAAUAUCUGGGGCUCUUGACAAGAAAUGAAAACAGUUUAAUCAUGGUUCUAAUUGAAAACGAAGCUUUCCUUAGUGAAUUAACAAGAUUAUUUCAAAAGGCUCGGAAUACUGGCUCUGUAUGUAUCACAAUGAAGAGAUAUGAUGGCAGAACAAAACCUAAUCCUCGUCCAUCAAAGCUGGCCAAAAACCCUUUGCCCCCUGCUUCUGAAUAUAAAUGUUUGGUUCGUGCUCAUCUUGGAAACAGAAAACUUAGCACUGUGGUUAGUUGCAAAGAUGUGAACAAAUUUCAGUUGGUAAGUAAUAUGCUGGAUGUAUUAAACUAAUGUAUUGAUAUUUGUAUUGUUUAAAUUUGUGUUUUCCUAUAAAUUGAAGCACUGGCUUAGAGUAAUUUAAGAUAAUUUUGUGA